AAUACCCCAAAUCAACGACAUAUUGGGCCAGCACUUGAAUGCUUUAACAUCCUUGACGGUUGAAUUGAGGGUCACCGGAAAAUCAAGAAUCAUGGAAUCUAAACAACCACAACCACAACCACCCUCUCCAACCCUCCUCCGCCGCCUAAUAAACCUAGACACAGCAAUCUCCCUCCACCUCUACACCCUCUUUAAUCCUAUCUUCCCCUUCUCGGUCCUCAAAUUCCUCGAAUUCUCCGGUGAUGGCCGUCUCUUUUUCCCCAUCAUUCUCUCACUCCUCUACACCACUACCUCCCUCAGCACCCUCACAACUACCGCCACCCUCACCGUCACCUCUCUCCUCCUACUAAACCUUUUACUCGGAUCCCUUUUGGACCUUCUCUUGAUUGGCCUUCUCAAACACCUUAUCCAACGCCCUCGCCCAGUUUACAACAAGAACAUGUUCCUCUCUUUCGCUGUUGACCACUGGUCUUUCCCCAGUGGGCACUCCUCUAGGGUUUCUUUCAUUGCCACCCUCAUUAGCAUCUAUUCAGCUUCAGUGGAACAAAUUUUGGUGACCCGAUUGAAGUUUGAUGCUGAUAGUAUGCUUGUUGAGUAUUUUGUUGUGAUUGUAGGCGUAUGGGCUGCAAUUACCUCAGCUUCGCGGGUACUUCUGGGCCGGCAUUUCGUGCUUGAUGUUGUGGCUGGAGCGUGUUUGGGUGUUCUUGAAGGGAUCUUUGUGAUCAGAGUUUUUAAUUACGAGACCUUGAAGUCCUUCCUUGGAUGACACUACUCAACUGCAUUCUGGUCAUGUUUACCAGGGCUUCUGGAUGUCGAGGGUCAAAAUUGCAACUGUUUCGUGAGCUAUUAAAAUUCUUCUUUUGAGGGUACUACCUACAAAACUUGAGUGAGGGAAGUAAGCAUAACAUGGGCACAAUGUAGAUCUGAUCACUUUAGUACCCUGAGUAUCGUGAGAUAUAUAAAUAGCAAUUGUUGGUUUAACAAAGUCCUUCAUUUAUGAAGGUUUAACAUAUCACUUUGAAAAUUUUGCAGUCUACAGGGAGUUUUCAAAUAAUUUUAGUAGAAAAACUAUUGUUAAUGUCACAUAAUGUUACAUAGCUUGGUAGAGCACGAUUUAAGAUGUCAUCUUGCAUUGCUAUUUAAUUCUAUUCUCUCUUGAGCAAAAUACCGUUCAAUAAGAAGUGAAAUAUAGUUUUGAAUGACUAACUAAACAUCGAUGCAAAUAUUCUAAGAAACGAUGUAUCACACGGACACGGACAUGACACACAAAUAUGUUUUUCAAAAAGUAAUAUAUGACAUGUCACGGACACAUUAGUGAAAUAAUAUAAAUUAACUUUUUUAAUAAAGAGAAUUGGACAUUGUAUACUUGUUGCAUCAAAGUGUAUAUUACAUAUAUAAAGCCCAAACAUGACAUCAAGUUCAUGAAUAUUUUUUCAUAACAAUGAAAUUAAAUUCUAAUAUUCAUCUUCACUUGCCACUCCAACAUUUUCAUUUCUGUUAUGAGCAAAUAUUGCCUCCCCUAGUUCUGAUUUGUGCAGAGAUAAAUUAGUAACUUCAAUCACACCAACAUUUUCAAAUAAACUAAAUGUAUGAAUUGGAAUGCAUAAGUUUUAUCUUUCCCUUUUUUUUUUUUUUGUUAUCAAAUGAAUUCCUUAUUUGAAUAGGAAUUAAGCCCCCGUUUGUUUCUCAUUUUUGGAAGAAUGAGAAUGAAAAAAAUAGUCAUUACGGGUCUCACACAAGAGAUAGAAAUUCAAAUUUGGUAGCUUGAUAUGAUGGAUAACGGUCAUAUUUUUCAUUUUAAUAAGAAAGUAAUGGGAACCAAACAGGGGCUAACAUAGUAAUACAAAUAGUUGCCUUACCUUAAAUAGGAUUUGUAUCUUGUAUAAAUGUACUUGAAUGAACAAUUCAUUCCCCCAAUAAUCAAUUCUCAAUUUGGUAUCUAGAUGCCUCUUAUAAGUCCCACCUUGGGAAUAUUGUGAACUCAUCAUUGAAAAGAGACGAAUAUUGCUAUCGGCGGAGUCUAAAUCCUCUUUACAUUUUGAAGCUUAUUUAUAGAAGAGAAGAUAAAAAUGAAUAAGCAGUCUAGAUGAAGAAAAUGAUUGCACUUAUAAUAUCAAGUCCAAUGUUUGAAACAUAGGAAUAUAAGCACCAUAGAUAACCAUUUUAGUUUUUGGGUCCAUGUAGUGACCAUCAUGCAUAGGGUCAUAUUCAUACUUGCCAAAAUCUUCGGCCAAAUUUGAGGAAUUAAAAUUCUGCAUGUUGAUUCUAAUGCUCUCUUCAUCUAAAGUAUUCUUAGUUGCAUUCUUUCUCGCUCAUGAAACCUUGAAAUCUUUAGGCGAGUAACUUUUGUGGUCCUUCAAAAUCUAUUCCUCAUUACGGCAUCUAAAAUGAAGAGAAAAAUAUUUAACAAACUAAAAAUAGCAAAAAAAUACAAAAAUGUGAAUGAAGGCAUCAUUUAACAAUGAUGUUAGAUUUAAAAAUGAGCCAAAUAAUGAAUUGGGGUGUUGUCCUUGUUCCACUUGUCAACAAGCAUAUGGUGAAUGACAUUUUACAAAUAAUAACUUUUCUUGAUGCAUUUAUUCAUGUUUAUCCGUACUAUUUUUUGCUUUCUAUAUCAUGGUACCCCACAUGUCUAACUAAGCCCCUGUAUGAGUUCAUUCUAUAAAAACUAAUUUUUCUUCAAAUUUAUUUUUAAUCUCACAGUCUCUAAAUAAAAUGAUAGUACACGCAAAUCCGAAAUUUUUUCCUACUUUUUAACAACUCAUUAUCAACAAAAUCUAAGCAUGUUAUAAAUAGGGGCAAUGAAUGAAACAACAUAACCUAUAGAGUCCCACCAAAGAUAAUCAAUUACUUUAAUUUUUCACAAAAUUGCUCUUAACAUGUGAGCUUCUUGUACGAUGACCAUUCAUAGCUUGGGGACCUCCAUUGUUAAGAUUAGAUUAUUUGAGUAAUAAUAUUGUAUUAUGAAAGGCUCUACUAGACUGCAAUGUUAAUUUUUUAUUUUUAUUUUUAUGUUUUACCAAUGUAGUUGUUUUCUGCAUCAUACUUGCAAUUUCUUUCGUUUUUAUGCUGACGAAACUUAAGCUUAUGAAGUGGCCUCCAAGCCAUGAUUAUAAGUGAUAAAUGAUCAUCCCAUGGAGAAAAUGAUGCGUUAAGGAUAUUUUUGUGAAACAUAAAGUGCUUGAUGACCCUUGCUGGAAGUCAAUAGGUUGUGUUCUUUACUUUACCGUUCUUAUUUAUGAAUUGUGCUGACUUUGUGAUGUAAUGGUAUGCAUAAACUUUGUCUUCAUUUAGCCUUUGUUUGAGCCUCAUUUUGUAGUGAAAAUGAGUUUUUAAUAGUGAUCUUUUUUGGAGAAUGUGUGGUUAAAAAGUAAGAAAAAUUUGAGUUUAUGUGCAAAAUUUUUUAUUGGGAGAAUGUGUGGUUGAAAAUGAGUUUGAGGCAGCAACCAUGGUUUACUCUUUAAGGCAUGCAUCAUUUUAGGGCUUUCUUAAUAUCCCGAAGCGUACAUUUUUAGCGCUACUUGUCAAGACUUAUGCCUCAACAUAUUCAGGCACACGCCUCAAGGCAUAAGCUUUGUGCUGUGUAACUAUUGGCUUCAGCCUUUUUGGCUGGUCUUAUGUAGCUUAGAAUGUUUUAAGGUUUUAUGAACUAUUUUAAAUGCAGCUCUACCCUACGAACUGGAAAAGAGAGAGAGAGAGAAUAUAAAAGAGUGCAAGUGAAGCCAGCAUGUCCUAGCAUCCUACAACUGAAAUGCGAUAAACCCCUCUCCCAAUUGAAAUUGCAACUUAUCAACGGUGAACAAUCGGUGAUAGGAGACUUACGACAAUUAACUUUUCUCUCUUUUCUCUCUUUUAUAGUUUUCUUGUUUGUUGUCUCUGUGUUUUUUUUUCUUUUCUCUUAAAGCUAAAAUCAAGCAAAAUUCUUGAUAGAUAGUUCAGUUGUUUCAUUUGAUUUUCGUAGAUUAAUACUCUCUUUAUGUAAUCUCUACUAUGUUAAUUUUAUUAUUUGCUAAUAUAUUGUUCCCUUU